GAAAUCACAACAGCAAAAGUGCAGCCCCGACGGAGCCUUGUUCCCAGAAGCUCCGGAGCAGCCAGGACACCUGUCCCAGAGAACCGGGCGGCCGGGCGCCGAUGCCCAGCCCCUGCCCCGGCAUGGGGGCCCCACGCGCAGCAGCCUUGGUCUUGGUGGUUUGGGCCCUGGGGGCCUCGGCCUCUCAGGGAGGACCCAAGCCUUCUGAGCAGAGAGAGGCGAUUCCACAGUUUUUCCUUUUUAGCCAAGAAGAAGUUGGCUAUGCAGCUCCCCCUGCUCCUCCCAGGCCCCGAGAACCCAAUCUUAACGACCCCGUCAUACCCCAGCACAUCUUUGAGGGACAGAAACCAGUGGAUUACCUGUUUGAAGACUUUCCUGUGCAGCAGGCACAAAGCCCUCAGAGAAUCCUUUUGGAGACCGAAAUAGAAUCCCCUCCUAAUGGAGCCAUACCUCUUCAAGAGGAAGUGCAUCCCCCUCAGUUGCCCAUCGAGCAGAAAGAAGUAGAGUCUCCUUUCCACCCCCCAAAGGAUGAUGGGUUUUCCCAACAAGAGCAGAAAGAAUUCGAUUUCUCUCAGCAUGAAGAGCAUCCCAAUGGCCAGAGGAGAGAAAUGGAACAGCCCAGCCCAGGGUCCUCCCCUUACAACCAGCCUCGUCACUGCCCUCAGGACCCCCGCUUCGGGGGCUGGGGUCACCGACUGGACGGCUUCCCCCCUGGGCGCCCUUCCCCGGACAACAUCGACCAGAUCUGCCUCCCUGACCGCAAGCACGUGGUGUACGGCCCUUGGAACCUGCCUCAGACCGGUCACUCCCACCUCAGCCGCCAGGGGAAUGCCCUCAACUUCCUGGAGACGGGGUACACCCGCUGCUGCCACCUCGAAACGGACCGGCUGGAUUGUGCGGCGUCCGUGUGGGCAGACGCCCUGUUUCGGUUCUGUGAGUCUGAGUUCUCAGUCAAGACCAGAGCCUACUCGUGCUGCUGGCUGCGGGGGGAGGCCCGCCUCUCCUGCUUCCAAGAGAAUGCCCCCCUGCCAGACUACAAGCUUCUCCAAGGGCCCUGCCCCGGUCACCCCCCCAGGCCUUCCUCCGGUCUGGCCGUGUCCUUCCCCCCCGGAGUCCCCACGCGGGGCAACAUUAGGAACAUCUGCCGUUUCCGUCGAUACCGGGCUGUUCCCCGAGGGCUUCAAAUACUGGACGACCUUGUGCCUCAGCUCCGGGCCGUGGCGCAGCUGGAGGGCAAAUUCAAGCGCUGCUGCCACCAAGGAGACAACUACACCUGUGCCCGGCAGGCAUGGGAGGAUGUUCUGGACAAUUACUGUGACGAGGAGCUGGCAGUUAAGACCCACCAUCAUGUUUGUUGCCACCGCUCUCCCAUCUCUGCCCGUGAUGACUGCUUUGCUCGCCACGCUCCCUACCCCAACUAUGACCGGGACAUCUUGACCGUUGACCUCAGCCGGAUUACUCCUGACACCAUGAACCAGCUCUGUGGACACCGAAAAGUCCUCACCAAGCAUAAGCAGAUUCCUGGGCUGAUCCGGAACAUGACAGCCCGGUGCUGCGAACUGCCAGCAGCGGAGCAAGGGGCCUGUGCAGAGGAGGAGAAAUCGGCCUUCAUCGAAGAUCUCUGUGGCUCCCGACGUGACUCAUGGAGAGAUUCUGAUUACUGUUGUGAUGAGAAGCCUGGGGAUGAACAAACCAACUGCUUCAAUACCCACUAUCUAAGGAAUGUGGCUUUGGUGGCCGGGGUGGCCCAGAAACCCAAGGACCAGCAAGAGACGGGGACAACUGAACUACCUCCUACCAGCCCCACCCCAGAGCACAAAGGAGAAUGAACCACACCCAGCUAAAGUUUAGAGAGGAUCCCAAAGGGAAAGAAACCCCUGCUCCUCUACAAACUGUCUUUCUAAUAAAUACACUGGUCUUGGA